AUGCUUGCUCUCUCAUACCUGUUCUCUCAUGCCCAUUCUCUCAUGCUGCGCCCCAUCUCUCAUGCCCUCCUACUUCUCGAUGUCGCUUGGUGCACAUGUUUUUUCUUUCUCGUCUACUACGACGACUCAGAUCCUGGUCAAGUUGCCGAGGAGUUCCUGGCGGCAGCAUGUGCUAUGGCACGUUGUGUCAAUCUGUUUUGCAAUGUAGAGAAACUCUUAAGGGUGGGUUUCCUCCUGCAGCAAGAGCGGGCCACAGAGAACGGAGAACUUGAAGAGCCUGAGGCUGAGCAUGAGUCCUGCAAGAAAAGGCUUGCGAGUCUUUCGCUCAAUACCCUCAAUCGGUACAAGUGCAACUAUCAGCAGUUGCUUCAUUUAGCUCUGGGACUCCGAUUACUUAUUGCUGAUAGCGGAAAGUCUAAGGAGCUCACUCAGAUCACACGAAACAUGUUCAAAUGCGAGAGAGUUGAAAGACCAUGUUCCUGGGAUCAAACACUGACUCGGAAUCCGGAUAUGUUGCAAGUUGUUGACAGCUCACCGUUCAACGUUCACCAAAGACCCUGGCUGAUUCCCAUUGCACCGGACCCUACACUCUACUUCAGCGAUGUUGGUUCACUCUCCGGUCCUGCGUCGCUACCUCAAGUCGGACUAUGA